GAAAAUAUUAGCUAUAUAGUUAUAUAUCUCAUAACUAUUAGUCUUAGAAAUAAAAAGUAUAAUGUUAACAUCUGUACCUACGGCACCGUCCACUUCUGCGAGCAGUUCUGGAUUACCAAGUCCAACCACUGAUAGGUUUGAUGAAAUUUCAAAUAAAUUAACAGCUUAUCUGCAUCAACUAGCUGGAAAUUAUGAAAUGGAUGUCGACGUGAUAUUCAAAGAUCAUUGUUAUGCUCGACCUUGGAACUGGAAACCAGAAAAUAUUUAUGUAAAACCUAUAAAAAAAUUGUUCUUCUCAAAAAGUAAUACAAGUGAUAAGCACAGAAAGGAUGAAGAAAUUGAUGUGGAAAAUAUUGAUAAUGAACCAGCACUGCCCUUUGAUUUAACCAGAGUACGACAUGCAAUGGAUGAAUUCGAACGUUUAGCGAAUUUUGCACGACCAGAGGAAGAAGAAAAGGAGGAGGAUUGGGAAGAGAAGAUAGAUAAAACUUUAUGGUCUCCAAUUCAAAAUAGGAUAUUUAGCAAAGUGACGCGGAUAUUAAGCUCAGAAAGGCUCGCGAGAUUAGCCAAAGCUAAAAGCACAGCAGAACCGAUUUUUCGAAGAACAUCCGUGGAUGUCACAGCGAGGAGAUUUCGAGAAACGUUAGCGUCAACUGGAUGGGACUGGAGACUAGUUCAGUGGCUACAUAAUUUGCUAUUCGAACAUCUUCCUCAGGAAUAUUUGGCCAUCUAUCUUGACAUUCUACAAGUCUUGAGACUGAAGAUUCCACAGCUAAUUGAUAAGAUGAUUGCUGUGCAACCGAAUAUUAGUGCUAAAGGAGGUUCUAUAACAUGGGAAACGCUCGGUUCGCUCUUAAAACGAUCUUGGGAUCCUGUCGCGCAGAAUUUAAGUGGAAACAGACUUAAGAAAUUGCCUGGAAAUCCAAUCUUGAUAGUAGUACCUUCUGGCAUAGCAUCAGCUGUUUCAUCUCGUCAACAUAAAUGGAUCACGCAAUUAGGAUCCUUAGGUAUGGUCGCUACUGUUCAUACCCAUAUGGGAUUAGCAGCCAACAGAAUGACCAUGAUGGUGUGCAUGGAUCAAUUAGUCCAGGCUACAAGAGCUAAGAUUCAAGAUGUCAGAAGUGAUUGUCCUGGUAGGCCGAUAAUUCUCGUAGGUUUCAACGCUGGCGCAGCACUUGCAUGUCAGGUGGCUCAAAUGGAACAUAUAACUGCUGUUAUCUGUAUCGGAUUUCCUUUCACGACGGUUGAAGGAAAACGGGGUACACCCGAUGAUAUGUUAAUGGAUGUUCGUUGUCCAGUCAUGUUUAUCAUCGGACAAAAUGCCACUCUCGUUAGACCGGACGAUUUAGAGGAUCUUCGUGAGAAGAUGUUGGUUGAAACAAGUCUGGUAGUCGUAGGUACAGCUGAUGAUCAUCUGAGAAUAUCCACGUCCAAGAAAAUGCUCGAGGGCAUCACGCAAAGCAUGGUGGACAGAUGCGUAUUAGACGAGAUCGGAGAUUUCAUCGCUAGCAUUCUGUUGCAACCGCAUCCAUUGCCAUUGCGAGCAACGAUUGCAACUAAUUGUGAUAACAAGAGUAAGAAGGAUUCUCACAAGCGAAGAAAUUCAACCAGCAGUUCAGUAGAAAGCGAACCUAACUCGCCGAUCAUAAAGAAAUCCCGUCCGAACACACCAGUGUCUUCAACAUUAUCAAUUGGGACGAACGUGGCAUCGAAUUCAACUUCUAAAAUCGGCACAUUGAGUACUCAACCAAAUUUGAUGCAAGUAAGUGGACAGCAUACGAAUCAUACUUCCGCCGUAAAACGGAAGCGACCUACAAACAAUCAGAGAAAUCAAUUCUCAGAACUGAAAACUGCUAGACUUUCUGGACAGACAAAUAUUAAUUCGGAAAAUGGUAUAACGCUCAAUAUCGGCACUCUAGCGAGUUUAGCGCCGAUAGGACCCAUACGUUUAGCACCCACUACAGUGAGUCAAUCUACAACCACUACCUCCAAAACAUCUAAUACAUCCAAAUCCUCAACUGCAACCGUUAAAGUACCGAAGAUUAUUUCAAAUGUGCCGCUGCAGAAUGUUUCGAAGAUGAAAACGAUAGUAUCUUCUAACAAGUCUUACUCGAAUACGAUCUCGAAUAAUUACAGACAGGUCAACACACCUGAUAAAAGCGGUGAUGCAAAAUUGGUGAAUGUUUUUACCACAGGAAAUCAAAUUAGAGUCAAUGCAACUCCUACAGCAGGAAGUAGCAAGCCUACAACAACAAGUGGCACGUUGUCGAAUCUUUUGCAAAACGGAAAUUCUAUUGCGCUCACAAGCGGUGCAUCCUCUGUCCGUACAUCGUCAGCUUCCAGUAUCUUACUAACGACUACCAAUUCGCCAACGAAUACUGUAACGUCCACAUCGACUCCUUCAAAAGUGAUUGAAGAAAUGGGAGUAAGCGGUGAUUCUCAUUUAUUGGACGUAUCCAAGUCAACGCAUUUCCCACGACAAGGAGCCGUGUCCAAUAGUACCGAUAACUCUCAUAAUACAUCAUGUGGUAACAUAGUCAUUGUCGAGAAUUCCCUUCAUACCAGAAGCACAUCAUCAUCGGUGAUAGUUCCAUUAAGCAGCCAAAACUCCGGCUUUUUACCGUUGUCCAAUAAGCUGAAAUUCUCGCAAAAAUCGAUGAAGACAAUGCCGAAGAUCACGGUCAACGCCAAUAAUUUGCAAAGACUUCAAAAAGGAAAACCUCAAAAUAUCCAGAGAAGAAACAUCACGAAUGACAUAGACGAUGAUCUAGGUAAUAUAUUGGAUAUACCAAUAAUAUUCGCCAAGGAUGAUGAUAAUUUGAGCAACAUUGACAAGAUGCCAGUGGUAACACAAACGACGCUGACCAAAGAAUCUCAAGAGAGGCCAAAAUUGAACAAUACCACUAAGGUAGUUUUAAUCAGUAAUAAGCAAGACAAAUUGCAGCAGAUGCCAAAUAAACUCGGGACAGCUUCCACGCAAGCCGUUAUAUGUCCUAAUAUGCCUAUGCAAAACUUAAAUCAGUUGAUAUUGCAAACACGAUCGCAGAAUGGCGGCGUCCCGGCAAAAAGUAGAAUCGGAGUUCCAAUAGAGAAUCGAUUGGUACAACCUACUGUGAAGUAUACCAAAAUUAUACUAGCGAAGAGAAACUCUCAACCUAUUCAGCAAAACGAGAGAAGUGAACAGAUGAUUACAACCAAAAAGACUAUAGAAGAUAUAAACGCGCCUAAAAUUCUGACUUUUGAGAAAGACGAGCAUAGAUUCGUACAAGCGCGAUCUACUACGACAACAUCAUCGAUAAAUUACGAUCUUCGUACGGACAAUGUACUUGAGAUUGAGGACGCUAUUAAGACGAAUAUCAUUGAACGCAAAUAUAUACCCGCGCCUGCAAUCGACGAAUUAUCGUCUGCAAUUCCCGACAACGAUGACGAUUGCAAUAUUUUCAAUGAAACCAAACUGGACGAGAAAAAACAUGAUUCAAAACAGUCCGCUUUCGGUAAUACUAGUGAAAUGCAAACUUAGAUAUAAUUACUUUAUGACAUAUAAUUGCUCGAUAAUAUUGAUCAUUAUUUUAUAAUUAAUAUAAAUUGAUC